AUGAAGACAAUGGAGGAAGAAGAGAAAAAAGAAACAGAAGCUAGAGUUGAUUUGGCUGAUUUUGUUUUUGAAGUUGAUCGAUUUACAAAACUGAUUGAACCUUUUGCUUUUUGUUUUUAUUUUCUUGAUGAUGUCAGAAGAUGGAGGAACCCAGUAUUAUCUGGUGUUUUGUUAGUCACCUUAAAUCUUUCCUGUCUUAUACUAACUAAAGGGUCGGUGUUUGUGUUUGCAUCAUUAGCUGUGAUAUGUAUAGCCUCGGUGUCUUUAUUUCACAUACAUACAAAGAUUUUAAACAAAGUAUUACCUGAAACACGCCGAUUACCUCGUGUUUAUAAUGGUGAAGAUAUUAAUACUUUACAGACAGUCAGACAGUUUAGAUAUAGUUUAAUUGAAAUGCAUGAUUUUGUGAUAAAAUGUAAUGAAUACUUAUCAUCAUGGUAUUGUAUAUUGAAAUGGGAGAAAACUCUAACAUCAUUAAUUUUUCACAUAGAAGUUUGUGUAUUUAUAUUGAGUUUGGUUGUCAUGUCAACUAGAAUCAACUGCUUUAUGUUCUUUAAUUGGUUCUUCUUAUGUCAUCAAGACAGUAUCAAUUAUAUAAAGAAUAUGGUGGUUCCAGAUGAAAAUAAAGUCAAGUUACGAGAAUCAAACGGCGUCACACCUGACAUAAAAUCAAAGACUGAUACUGUAGAUGUAUCUGAUGAAGAUAAUAUGGUACCAUUAGAAGAUAACAUGGUUCCGUUAGAUUCUACCCCUAAUAAACCUGGUAUGGUGGCUAGGUUAUUAGAGUUAAAACGCAGACGUCAACAGGCCUCAUCAGAAAAUUGUUUUGCAUGCAAAGUGGCAUUUUCAGCAUUUCUUAAAAGAAGGUAUUAUUGUCGACAUUGUGGGAAAGAUUUUUGUAAUAAAUGUUGUAAUCAAAAAGUACCAAGAUCAGUGUUUGGAGCUACAGCCCCAGCUGCCCAGACGGAAACUGUAUUGGUGUGUAAUAAUUGUCAGAAGUUACUAGCGACUGGAAAAGAUAUUAAAUCUAAAGUCUGGGCUGAGAAUUUUGGUAAACAGUCAGGGAUCUAA